GUCGUCCGUGUUUCCCCGAGUUAGUGUCUGCAUGUGUGGCAGUGGCAGGAGUGAAGAGUGAAGAGCCAUGUUAUCUAAUGUCCCUGCUUGUAGUUUAUUAGUUUCCAUUUUAGUUGGACAUCUCCUAUUACCUUCAAGUUCAGUAAGACAUCCUCAGUACUAUGCUAAUCGUGUUUCAAGACAAGCAUCGUGUAGGCGUGACCAGUAUACAUGUACCAGUAGACAAUGCAUUCCUGCAUACAACGUUUGUGACGGACCAAAAGACUGCUACGACGGAUCCGAUGAGACCACAUCUGCAUGCAAAGACAUCAAGUGCCCAUCUCUAGCAUUCAGGUGUUCGUAUGGAGCUUGUAUUGACCAGGAGCAGCGAUGUAAUGGACAGCCAGAUUGUGCUGAUGGCUCAGAUGAAGUGGGGUGUUCAACCUCGGGUGUGACCCACGGAAACCCCUGUGGAGAAUUAAAAUAUAUGUGUUCAAACGGACAGUGCAUAAAUGGAUAUGACACUUGUGAUGGCAUCAAAAACUGUGAUGAUGGAUCCGACGAAACCAGGCAGUUAUGUUCAGAUUUUGUGUGUCCAUCAGGUACUUUUCAAUGUGAUUAUGGAGCUUGCAUGGAGCCAUCAGUCAAAUGUGAUGGCAAAACUGAUUGUCCUGACGGUUCAGAUGAACGAAACUGUCCCAAUUCUCCCAUCGAUACUAACACCACAAGGCCUGGGACAGACAUAGUGGGUGCCUGUAUUCUUCCGAAGCACCCCAAAAAUGGAGCCUACACAGCGUACACAUCAUUCCAGUGUGGACCCAACGACGCCCGGCCAGCCUGUCGCAACAUCCCAGGCACACCAGUGGGUCAAACCUGGGUCAUAAAGUACACAUGCAACGGAGACUACAGCCUCAACAAGGACUCAGAGUUCUCUGUCUGUGAAAAUGGAGUUUGGAAAAACGAAGCGGACUGCAUUAAGCUUUGCCCACCACUGAAAUCUUCGAGUUUGGAUAUAAGAUGUUCUUACCAGGGCAAAGAAGUGCCCUGCGAUCGUCCAAUGAAGCCUGAAACUACCGCUGAGCCCAGGUGUAAGCAGUACUACCAACCUGCCAGAAACCCUGACUACUCUACUCUGUUGUGUCUCAACAACGGAGCAUGGACAUAUCCACUCUUCCAAUGCACCCCAGACUGUGGUGUCAGUACGGCAACGGCAUCCAAACCUUUGAUAAUCAAUGGAAAUGCCACAAAACAAGGACAAUUCCCGUGGUUGGCUGCCCUGUAUCACCUCACCAAUUCCCAACAAUGGGAGAACACGUGUGGGGGAACUCUGAUCACUCCUCAUAUUGUGCUGACAGCGGCUCAUUGUGUGGUUAACAAAAACGUUCCUCAGCAACCAAGUGAAAUAAGAGUUGGACUCGGAAAAUACUAUCGAGACUUUUAUAAGCAAGAAGAAUCAUCUCAAAUUGCAGAGGUUAGAGAGGUGAUUGUUCAGAAAAAAUACUCUGGUGUCGCUUCUUUCUAUGCGCUUGACAUUGCAUUGCUAGACCUGGUGGAAAGUGUGUUAAUAACAGCCAUAGUCAUGCCAGCGUGUGUUGACUGGAGCAAUACCUUCAGACCAGCUCCUAAUGCCGUGGGAGUUGUAGCUGGAUGGGGAAAGACAGAAUCAGGAGCUGCAAGUGAUGUUAUUUUAUCAUCUAACUUAAAUUACAUUGGAUACGAAAAAUGUCUGAACGAUAUCAGAGCUGGUUUGAAACAGUUACUGACCCAUGACAAGUUCUGUGCAGGAAGUCCAAAUGGAAGUAGAGUUGAUAAUGGAGACAGUGGUGGAGCAUAUACAAUAGUGAAAAAUGGAUUGCAUUUUGUGGUUGGAGUUGUCAGCACGAAAAUUCCAGAAGUUGAGACAUUUACUCUGUUCACAGACAUCACCAACCAGGUGCACAACAACUGGUUGGAAGCAGAAAGAAACCGGCUGCUACAGGUUCAUCGAGAAGCAAAAUAACUCUUUUGAUCCAAAUAUUUAGUAUUUAUUUUAGCUUAGAUUAAUCUUUAAUUUCCAGAUUCAGUUCUGUACUGAGAUCAGGUUGUUAAUCAAGGGUAUUAAUUUGUUUCAUUGUUUCUAGUAUUUUAAUAUAUAUAGGCCUAACUACCACAUGGGUUAUACAAUGUAGCCUACUAUAGGUUUGUGUGACUGAUUUUUACCCAUUGCUAACCAUUAAAAAUUAAAUUUUGUGUUAGGUUAAUUUUCCAAGGAAACACCUAUUUUGUUAGUAAUUUUUCUCUCAUUAAGGCUGAAUACUGAAGCUAGUCUAAAAAUUCUGAAGACACUUACAUUAUGUAGGGGGGGGGAGGGGUGAUAUUGUUUGCAUUCAUCAAAGUUCUUGUGGUUUGCUAGAUACGUAAUAGGUUCGCUGCGACUUCGUUAUGCUGUGACUUAAAAGCACUGUGACCUGUUUGUCAGUGGAACGCAGCAGCCUUUUUAUUUACUUUCUCCCCCUAUACUUAGUAUAUGGAGAAAGUAUUGUUUUUGUCAAAAUGUUUGAGUUUUGAGUGGAUAUAUCCGUUUUGAGUCCCCCUGAACCCAAAAAAGUGGUUUUCGAAGUGAUGUCUGUGUGGAUGUGUACAGAGCUACGGGUCACACCUGUAGUCCGAUUUUGAUGAAAUUUGAUAUGUAGGUCUAUCUAUCUACUAAUCCAUGGUAUUUCCAGGCGGUUUUUUUUUCAUUUUUUUAAUUUUGAUUUUUAAUGGUGCUUUUCCCAUAAAAACCCAUAAAAUAACAGAAAAAUCGGAUUUUCUAAAAAAUGGCCCGAACUAUUUUGUUUGAUAAAACUUUAGUGUGUUAUAGUCCUUUAAAAUUCUAAACCAAAUGGUUCAAAUACCAUUACCUUAAAAAUUACGGUCCCAAAGUUAUUGUAACUUAUCUUAUUUUCUCAUUAAAACCCCAUAAAAUAACAAAAAUCGGAUUUUAGAAUAAAAGCCGUUUUUGAUUAAAAUUACUAUGUUAUGGUCCUUUACAUUCUGAAAAAAAUUGUACAAAUCCCAUUUUCGUAAAAAUUAAGGUUCAAAAGUUGAAUCUCGAUGUUAUUUUGUCAUUAAAAUACCCCAAAAAUCUGAUUUUAAGAAAAAAAAGCUGGGUUUGAUUAAAAUUAACGUGUUUAUAGUGGGUUAUUAAUGUGUUUUAAUUCUAAACAUAAUAGUGCAACCCCUUUUUGCUGUAACAAUUACGUUUUAAAAGUUAUUCCAACUUUUUUGAUUUUUCUCUAUAAAAUAUAAUAGUUACUCACUGCUUACCCAUGAUAAAGGUUGUUGACAUGUUUAUGGGAGAAAGUAUGUGUCAGAUUGCUGAAACCGUUUAUUUUUCAUUAGUUCCCAAGACUGUGUAAGAUAUGCGUGGUUUUGGUGGGUUGCGGUGAGUGGAAAUAAGGGAUGAGUUCACGUGAGAGAUCGUUAGCAACUUCUAUAUUGUUAUAUGUUGAUUUAGAUGAUAUUAUUAAUAUUUUUUGUGAUUCAAACUCUGAAGAGUCGUAAGCCGUGUCCCGAUUACAAAAGGAGAAUAAGUGAGGGGGCUUAAAAAAUAUUUGUUUGUAUAACAUGUUAUUAUUAGUUUGUAUUACAACAACCGGCAGGAUCAAGUUAAACUAUAUAAUAUGCUGUGUUGAUUGUUCAAAAAACUAUUGAAUGCUAGUUUUUAAAAUCAUCAAAAAAAUAUUAAUCUGAAUUUGCAGUUUUAGAAAAAUUGAAACAUGCAAUACUCUCCAAAGUGCCAUUUUAAUUAUUGCUUGGUUUUGGUUUGAGAAUCUAGAUGCAGUUUUACUAUAGACAAGUAGACUUCUCAUCAUAAAAUAUACAAAUUGUUUUUUGUGUCUAGUUCAUGUUGGUGACACUGGGCGCUAUAGUGUCCUAUUAUUUUAGGGUUAAUUUUAUGAUUUGUGUUUCAAUUUCCAGUAAUAAUUAUUGGACACAUUUUAACCCUCCGAGUGUCCCUUGUUUUGGCCUUAAUGUCUGCCUAUUUUUUGCUCAUUUGCAAGGUUUUAUUAAAACGGAUCUGAGAAGCUUGAAAACAAUGUUAAUUAUACUGUUCUAUAUACCAUUUUGUUUGGAAAAUCAUGGGCUUCAAUAUUAUAUAUAAAACAUAAGGAACAUUUGUUUAAAAAAAAUUUUUAGGUAAAAAAAAUAUUUUGGAAAAUUUUCAAAAAAAAAU